AUGUAUAGUGCGACGAAUGCCGCUUGCGCAAGUCAAGAGUAUGUCAACUUUUCCAGUCGAAGAUACAUCUUGUUGACUGGCAUCCAACAGUGUUCCAAAGAACGACCAGUAUGCCUGCAGUGCAGGCAGCUGAACAAAGAAUGCUUAUAUAGCCCCAAAGUCAGCCGGAGUCCUCUAACUCGACAACACUUGACCUAUGUCGAGGAUCGCCUACACUCAUUUGAGACAGCCCUAGGGAGGCUGUUCCCCGGUGGUGAUCUAGAUGCUACUCUUCGUUCUCUUCUGCAGAAUCCAGAGGCGCCAAGAGCUCCCUCAUCAAAGUCUUCCUCAAGACAUUCUACGCCGGCCAAGCAUGAACAGGAGCCGGCCGAGCCGGCACCUGAGGCUCUUCCCCAACAAGCCGAUGGCUUUGACUGGGCUGAGAAAGAAAUUACCCUUGGGGAUCUGACCGAUGGCAUGGCUGCUCUGUCGAUCAAACCGGAAGGCGCUGGCUACUUUGGAGCUUCUUCAAGUGUUGUUCCCUUGCGAGCAUUGUUUGAUCAUGGAUUUGACUUGAACAUGCCUGUUCGAUCGGCAAGAUCGGGAGGCGUGCCUCUAAAGGCCCAACUUCUCGAAAGUGCCCCAUCAGGGUUAAUUGAGCAAGCCUUUAUCGAUGCCUUCUUCUUGAACUACCACACCAGCUAUCCCUUUGUCCACGAACCAACUUUCCGGGCACAGUUCAAUGACCCAUCUAUCAGGCCGCAUGGAACCGCUUGGCAUAUCCUGCUAAACACCAUAUUGGCUCUUGGAGCAUGGUGCAUUGGUGAUGACAGCUCUGAUCUCGAUAUCACUUUCUACCAAGAAGCGAGAGGAUACCUGCAACAAGCCUCCGUCUUUGAGACUGGAAACUUGACACUGGUCCAGGGUCUGUUAUUACUGAGUAACUAUGCCCAGAAGCGAAACAAGCCAAACACCGGAUGGAACUAUCUCGGUCUGGCUGUUCGAAUGGCCAUGAGCUUGGGUCUCCACAAGGAGUUCCCCGGCUGGAAAAUCAGCCUCCUACAGAGAGAAAUUCGCCGAAGACUAUGGUGGGGAGUGUUCAUCUUCGACAGUGGCGCAGCCAAGACCUUUGGAAGGCCAAUUCUGCUCCCCGAAGAAAGCGUCAUGGACGCCAAGCAAGUUCGAAACAUCCAUGAAGACGAAUUGACCCCAACUACAACCGCACUUCCCGACGAAUCCCUUGGCCCAACCAUAUACUCUGGCUUAAUCGCCCAGGCUCGGUUCCACAUUCUCACCAACAGCGUUUACCAGCGCCUCAUCUCAAGCCCUAGCCUCACGCCCGAAGAUACAUUAAAACUGCAGCAACCCAUUGAAGAAUGGUAUAAUGGUCUUCCAUCCUAUCUGCAACACCCGCAGAUGCCUUUAUCCGUGCAGCCAACCAACCCAGACCCCGAUUCGCUGGCGCUCGUCCGAAACCGCCUGCUGUGGCGAAACUGGAAUCUCACCAUCCUCAUCCACAGGCCAAUCCUACUCCGCUGGGCCUCGAGGCGAUGGGCCCCACUUAGCGGCAUGCCAGGUACCCCAGAUGCAGGAACUGAAGAUCCGUGCGAAACAGAGUGCCGGGUGCGCUGUCUUCAGAAUGCCCGCUUGACCAUCUCAUCGAUCUCCGAGUAUAUGGACAAUUAUAUCUGCACCAGACUGGGCGCAUGGUACAUGCUUUACUUCCUCUUCCAAGCCGGUCUUAUCCCCAUCGUCUUCUUCAUGACCGACCCAUCCAACCCGGAAGCCGCAACCUGGCUGCAGGACAUUGAGACCACCAAAGCCCUUCUCACCCACCCCUCACUUGGCACCAACCGCUUCGCAACUCGCUGUUACGAAGUCAUCAACCGUCUCCUCGGUCCGCCAAUCCCCCCAACACAGGUCAUCCCCACCGCGAACCCCCACGAGGCCCAGCAACAACCAAUGCACCAUAUUCCUCAACAACCGCAGAAUAUGAUGCCAUUCCCCGAACAGCUAUUCAGCGACCCCGGAUUCGGCGGAAGUCUCUUCCCAGUAGAGCAGCAGAUGCAGAUGAAUGCCGGCGGCAUGGACUUUUCAGAAUGGGUGAACUUCCCACCUACAGAGUGA